CCUGUCACAUGCCCCAUGACACCAUCUUUAAGAGUGUUUGGAAUAAGAGAAGAAAUGUCCCUUGGAUGCCAAGAGGCUUUUGAAAUCUUCAAGAGAGAUCACGCUGACAGCAUAACCAUUGAUGACAACAAACAGCUUCUGAAACAGAGGUUUGCUGAAGCAAAGGCCCUAGGAGAAAACGUAAAUGAAACAAGGAAUAAAAUCAGCCACCUGAAAGGAGAAAUUACUCAGAGGCAGAUGCAAAGAGCAGCAUUCGGUGUUGCGAAUAUUCCCAUGGAAUCGAUGGAUUUAGAUCAAGUGGAAGAGAAACUCCGGGCGCAAAUGGAGGAAGAGAAAAAAAGCUACAAAACAAUGUUCAAUCGCCUAAAAGGCCUGAAAGUAGAAAUCGAACAUCUGCAACUGCUUAUGGAGAAAGCCAAGGUGAAGCUGCAGAAAGAAUUUGAAGCUUGGUGGGCAGCAGAGACUUCCAAUCUGCAGGAAAACCCACCACCAACAACUCAUUCAACAAGUUCCUGGAAGUCUUCACCCUCCACUCUUGAGUCCCAGCACCAGCCAGAAGGCAGAAGGGUGUCAGAGAGUUCCAGUUCAUCCAUCCCCCUCACCGGAGACAGCCAGACGGACGCUGACAUUCUGGCUUUCGUCAGGGCCAGGCAGAACUUGAUGCAGAAAAAAGGUCUGGGGAAGAAUUUCUAGGCUCAGUCCAGCUGCGCCCUUCUGUCAACUGAGAGAAAUGUUCCGACACGAGCUCAGUCCCUCUCCUCUCAUGGCAGCUGGGUCCCUGAGAUCCUGCCCACCUCGAUGGCAGGGAGGAGUGAAUGUCUUGUAGGUGAAAGAAACUUGAUCCAGUCCUCUAAUGGGCGCUCAGAAGGCAGUGGCUCUGUAAGGAAAGAAAAGGAGCUAAAUGAAAAAU